GCGGAGCGAGGAUGUUGCGAGCGGGGAGCGGGGCGCCAGGCGGGGACAGCGCGCUGUUCGCGGGGUUCCGCGCGCUGGGGCUGUACUCUGGCUCGCUGCCCCACGUGCUGCGCUUCCACCAGCGCCACCGCGAGUUCUAUCUGGUCGUCGCCGUGGGCCGCAGUUUCCACACCUACAACGUAAAGAAACUUGGUAUAGUUGCCGUAAGUAAUGCUUUAUUGCAAGACAUUACUUGUUUGGCAGCAGACAGAAUGCUGGUCUUUGCUUCAUAUGGCAGUCUUCUCCAUGCUUUUGCUCGGAACAAAGAGGUAGUUCACAUAUAUGAAGGCCAUAAAGCAGACAUUCACCUUCUGCAGCCCUUUGGCGAUCAUGUUAUUUCUGUGGAUGUUGAUAAUGUUCUUAUUGUUUGGGAUGUACAGUCAGAAGAAGAAUACCUACAAAUGAAUUUUGAUAAGGCUGUUUUUGCAGUGUCUGCAAUUAUGCAUCCAAGUACAUAUUUGAAUAAAAUUCUCCUUGGCAGUGAACAAGGAAGCUUGCAGCUGUGGAAUAUAAAGUCCAACAAACUUUUACACACAUUUCCUGGAUGGGGCUCUGGGGUGACAACUCUUGAACAGGCACCUGCAGUGGAUGUUGUGGCAAUUGGUCUUGUGUCUGGUUAUAUUAUUGUGCAUAAUAUUAAGUUUGAUGAGAUGCUGAUGAAAUUUCAGCAAGACUGGGGUCCUGUUACAACCAUCUCUUUCAGAACAGAUGGACAUCCAGUCAUGGCAGCUGGAAGCCCUAUUGGACACAUUGCAUUGUGGGAUUUGGAAGAGAAAAAACUAAUUAGUCAAAUGCGAAAUGCCCACACCACAGCAAUAGCUGGUUUGUCGUUCGUCCAUGGAGAGCCACUUCUUAUUACUAAUGGAGCUGAUAAUGCUAUACGGGUAUGGAUCUUUGAUGGCCCUGGAGGUGGUGGUCGCUUGUUGAGGUAUCGAAUGGGACAUAGUGCACCUCCAACAAAAAUCAGAUACCAUGGGCAAAAUGGACAGCAAAUUCUUAGUGCAGGUCAGGAUGGAACCUUGCAGUCUUUUUCCACAGUUCAUGAAAGAUUCAACAAAAGCUUAGGACACGGUUCUAUAAACAAAAAGAAAUCAAAGAAGAAAGGUCUUCGGUAUGAUACACUGGCCCUUCCACCUAUCAUGGCAUUUGCAUCAGAGGUUGCACGUCAGAGUGACUGGGAUGGGAUCAUUGCUUGUCAUCAAGGUUACAUAACCUGUACAACUUGGAACUUUCAAAAAACAUCCAUGGGAGCCCAUAAACUGAGACCAAAGGCAUUCAGUAAAAACAAGCCUCUUGAUGUAUAUGCAACAGCAGUUGACAUUAGCACAUGUGGAAACUUUGCUGUAAUUGGCCUUUCAACUGGACACGUAGAUGUAUACAACAUGCAGUCUGGCAUUCACAGAGGACGUUAUGGUAAAGAAAAAGCACACGAAGGUGCUAUUAGAGGGGUAGCAGUGGAUGGAUUAAACCAGUUGACAAUCACAGCUGGUAGUGAUGAAUUAAUUAAAUUCUGGAAGUUCAAAACUACAGAACUAGUUCAUUCUACUAAUCUGGCAUCUUCUCUCAGUGGGAUUCUUCUUCAUAGAGACAGUGGUAUUCUGGGAAUUGCAUCUGAUGACUUCAGUAUUAGUGUGUUGGAUGUAGAAACAAGAAAGAUUGUCAGGAAAUUCUCCGGACACUUUGGAAAGAUUAAUGAUAUGGCUUUCAGUCCUGAUGGUCGUUGGCUAAUAAGUGCAUCAAUGGACUGCACCAUUAAGACAUGGGACCUUCCAUCUGGAUGCCUCAUAGAUUGCUUCUUGCUAGACUCGGCAGCUGUCAGCAUUACCAUGUCUCCUACAGGGGAUUUUCUAGCUUCAUCACAUGUGGAUGAUCUUGGAAUUUAUCUGUGGUCUAAUCGUUCCUUGUAUUCAUUUGUCUCUUUACGGCCGCUUCCAACAGAUUAUGAGUCUUCUGUAAUAAUGCUUCCAGGAACUUGUCCUGCUCAAGAUGUGGACACUACAGAAAAUGAAGAAACAAGUGAUGAUAUGAGAGAAUAUGAUUCACCAGAGCAACUGGGAGAGCAGCUAGUGACCCUGUCUCUGUUGCCUGAGUCAAGAUGGAAAAACCUACUCAAUCUGGAUCUUAUUAAGAAAAAAAAUAAACCAAGAGAACCACCAAAAGUUCCAAAAGCAGCACCCUUUUUCAUCCCGACAGUUCCUGGUCUUAUACCACGAUACACUACUGCUGAGCAAGAAAACAAUGGAGAGCAGUCAAAGGUAGUAAACCUUGGAAUAUUGGCACAGAAGUCUGAUUUCUACAUUCAACUUGAAGAAGCCCUGAGGACUAAUGAGUAUACAUCCCCACUUAAUCUGCUGAAGGGCAUGGGACCAUCUAAUAUUGAGACAGAACUAAGAGGCUUAGCUCCAGAAGGUGGUGGAUCUGUAGAGGUGAUGCAAAGCUUUUUGAGAUUGAUUGGGAUGAUGCUGAACACAAAAUGUGAUUUUGAACUGGCCCAGGCAUACCUUGCCCUAUUUUUAAAGUUGCAUCUUAAAAUAACUUCUUCAGAGCCAGCCUUGUUGGAAGAAAUAUCUAAAUUGUCAGCACAGCUGGAAGAAACCUGGGUUCAUUUACAGACUCUCUUCAAUCAAAGUCUCUGUGUGUUAAAUUAUAUGAAAAGUGCUUUAUUGUAAAGUGCCUUUUGCUCUUCAGAAUUUUGAGGUCAGAUAAAAAGGGUGAUACUUCUGUUUAUAUUGUGUAUAAUUAUUGGUAUCAGAGUUGUGUUUGGAAAAGGCAGACUUUGUACACCUAAAUUUGGUGUGACAUCCAAAUAAUACAGAACCAAAUGUUUUAUUUAGUUCUUUUAAUGUAGGAGUCAAUUUUGAGUCUCUACAACAUAACAUUUUUAGAAGUAACAUGCCCACUAAAAUGACAGUCAGAGACUAGUACGUAAAGUUUACAUGUGAAUAAACAUCUAAAAGGAUAAUUUAGUGAAGAAAAGCCAUUUCUGACUAUCAACAAAGAUGUAAAAUAGGCGACAAGAUGCAAGAGAAAAAGCAAUAAAUGUGCCAGUCUUGUGUACAAAA